AUGGCGCCGUCCGCUGAAAGCGAGGAUAACUCGCUCGCCCAGUUCGACCUCCUCCCGAAGUUGGUCAAGAACCUCGACCGCCACUUGAUCUUCCCGCUUCUCGAUGCCGCCAGCGCCCAGUACUACGAUGAAGAGACCAACGAGCCUAGGGAUGUCGAGAAGGCGCGCGAGAUGACCAAGGCCAAGUAUGAGCUCCUCAAGAAGACAAACAUGACCGACUACGUCGCCAACCUCCACUGCGAGCUCGAGGGCACCGAUGAGCCCCCUGCAGAGUUUGCCGAGAAGAGGCAGAAGGUCAUUAAGCAGCUGCAGGAGUUUGAGGACUCGGUCAGCAAGUUGAGGGAUCUGCUGGACCGCGAGGAGGUCAUCUCCAACCUGCGUAGCGACAAGGUGGCCAACUUGGAGUUUUUGAAGAAGGAGCACGAUGUCACCAUCGAAAUGGUCACAGCACUGUACGACUUUGGCAACUUCCAGUACAGCUGCGGCAACUACCCGGCAGCUGCAGAGCUUCUGUAUCAGUUCCGUGUCCUUUCGACGGACAACGACAAGGUCUCAUCGGCGACGUGGGGCAAGCUCGCAUCUGAGAUUCUGUCUGGAAACUGGGAGGGCGCCAUGGAGGAGCUUAAAAAGGUCCGCGAGGAUAUCGACUCGAGGCUUUUCAACAACCCGUUGGCGCAGCUGCAGCACAGGACAUGGCUGACCCACUGGGCCCUGUUCCCUCUGUUCAACGAUGAAAACUCGCGCGAGGCUCUUCUCGAGAUGUUCUUCUCGCCCAACUACAUCAACACCAUCCAGACGUCGUGCCCAUGGAUCCUGCGUUACCUGGCAGUCGUUGUCAUCGCCGGUCGCGGGCGCGCACGCAACACUGGCGCUUACCAGAAGCAGCUCAAGGACGUUGUCCGCAUCGUGAAGCAGGAGGGCUAUGAGUACUCCGACCCCGUGACCGACUUUGUUCGCGCUCUCUACAUCGAUUUCGACUUUGAGGAGGCACAGAGGCAGCUCCCUCGCGCCGAGGAGGUCUUGAGGACCGACUUCUUCCUCAUGUCGAUCGGCGACUCGUUCGUCGACGCGGCGCGCCACCUCUUCUUUGAGUCGUACUGCAAGAUCCACGCACGCAUCGACCUCAAGAGGCUCAGCGAGCAGCUUGGUCUCAACGUGGACGAGGGCGAGAAGUGGAUCGUUAACCUCAUCCGCGACACGCGCCUCGACGCAAAGAUCGACUUCCAGGAGGGAACAGUCGUCAUGAACCACCCCAACAGCAGCGUAUACCAGCAGGUCAUAGAGAGAACAAAGGGCGGUUUCUUCAGAACCCAGGUCCUCAGCGCAGCUGUCGCGAGAUAG